AUGGUAUCAGCAGCUCAUGAAAAAGGUCACAGAGUGAUACUGAGUCUUGACGCCGUUUUGCCGACAGCCCCACCCAAUACCACAUGGGAUGACAGUCAGCCCCAGCUCCUCUGGUUCACCCAUGAAGCAUGGCUAUUCAAGCUGUCCAGAGCACCACCGUGCAAACUGCACCCCCUGCCAGAGGGUUUGCGUAUACAGGAUGUAUGCUAUUGGCCCCUGAUCCAUCCCACACCAGCUGACCACCCCGCACAUCAGCUGACCCUCUACUUGGAUGGAGCGGCUAAUGGAACCCACGCGGCAUGGAGUGUGAUUGCCACCAUCAAUUUGCCCAUUGGCGAGGUCUUCAUUGGAUGCAUGUACGGGUGUGUUCAUCUUGAGCCUGACAAUCCUCAAUGGAUCGGUGCUGAUGCCAUGGACAACAUAGCCGCUGAGCUUUCAGCCCUUGCUAUGGCUCAAACCUGUGCACUCCGCUGGCCUUACAGUGAUCACCUGAUAUGCAUUCGACCUGAUCUCUCGUUGAGCCGCACAGUUGCCAAUGCCAUCACCACAUGCCGUUCAAAUGACCGGCUUGCCCAGCUAUGCCGCAUCCAGGGAUUAUGGCUCGCAUCCAGGACCGAGAUUUUAGAAAUCCGUGGCCAUCAGGGCCAUGCUUGGAAUGAGCUUGCCGACACAGUUGCAAAGUGGGCCCUGGUUCAAGGAUCACAGGAAGCGGAACCCAGCAUCGAGGCUCUCCAUGAUUUUGCACUGCAAACCCAUGAUGUUGCCUGGGCCUGGAUGCAGACUACUCAUCCUGCCCUCUCCGCCUGCUUCCCCUGUCUCAUUGACCAGCAAGUCAUGCAAUUCAACCCAUCCAACAUGAGGGUUCAAGCCACCCCCAAGGAGCCAGUGCUCAAUGCCGACCCUGACCAAAGCCAUGCCCAAUGGGACAUCACUGUCAUUACAGCAAAUGUCCUUGCAGCUGAAGUUUGGAGUACGCAGCCACAGGGGUCUAGACGAACAGGCAAUCCCAUCACCCUUGGAGAUGCCAAAGUCUCCAUCCGCCAUGCAGACCCCAGACGUCUUGUUGCUGUAGCGAGCAUUGGCCAGGUUCAUUAUACCUUUGUCGUCCUACAUGCGCCAUGCCAAGCCACACAAAGCACGGAAAACCCAUCAGACGGAGACGUUGUAGCUGAAUGGUGGAUGGCCACCAGUGCCAUCUGGAACCGCACAGUCACCACAGAAAUGUGCUGGGUCCUUGUUGAUGCCAAUGCGCCCAUUGAUGGGGAACAUGGAUACCACACUGGCCCAUUAGGUGCAGAAAACCCCAGCAAAGCGGGCACGGCUUUCAUGCAAUUCUUAGCCGGCGCUGACCUUGCGGUUCCCAGCACCUUCCCGCACAUCCACAAAGGGCAGACUGCCACGUGGUCCCAUGCCACAGGCAAACGUAGCCGUAAAGACUACAUUGCCAUCAAAGCCAAGAUGAUGCAGCUGGCAACGCAUAGCUGGGUUGACAUUCACCAUGACAACACUUUUGCCCAUGCUGACCACCUACCGGUAGUCCUUUCCUGCAAGGGCUGGCAAAAGCUCAAGCCUAUUGCUCCAGCUCUCCGAUGGGAUGCAGACAAACUUCUGGACCCAAAGUGUUGUCAAAAUUUUCAACAUGCUCUUAGUACCCUGCCUAUCCCACACUGGUCAGUUGAUGUUGACGACCAUGCAGCCAUCCAUGAGGCUCAGCUCCUGCAGCUAGGUCAAAAUUUUUUUGCCAAAGCCCCAAGCAGGACCCACAAAAUCGUGCUGCAGCCUGAUACACUUGCCAUCAUUGCUCUCAAGCGCCAAGCCCUUGACUAUGGCAGAGCUCGCCAAGAACUUAACCAUCCACCUUUCAAAGAGGAACUUCGGCAGUUGGAAAAACUGGUCCACUGCAAGGUACGCCGAGACACGCAAGCCUUCUAUGAUGCCCUCUUGGAUAGGCUGGAACAUGCAGGUGAGCUCCACAAUCAUCGCCUCGUGUACCAAAUGUUGGCACGCCUGGGCCGAAGGAAAGGAGGCAAGACAUCAGGACCGAGACCACUUCCUAUGUUGAAAAAGGAAGACGGCACGUUUGCAGCAACAUACGAUGAACAGCAGCACUUGUGGAUGACGCAAUUUGCCGCAGUGGAAGCCGGUGUCCUCUGUAUGUGGCCCCAGUUACAACAGCAACACAGAGCAGAAGCAGAGGAUCACUGUGUGAAUGUGCACGAGAUUGAUCCGGCGGCCUUCCCCACGGUGUGGCAAAUUCAAAGCCUCCUAUCUCGGCUGAAGCGUGAUAAAGUGCCUGGGCCGAAUCACCUGCCCCCGGCACUGCUCAAAGCGGGAGGUGAAGUCAUGGCACGCCAUCUCACCAUCUUGUUCACCAAAGCAGCGGCCGCUGCCCGUGAACCCUUUGCUAUGGAAGGGCGGCACAUUGAUCCCGCUGUGGAAAGGCCGACCACUUACAAUGCGGUGGCAGAAAGGGAGUCGGUGUCGAUAUUGCGCACCACGUGCGAGGAGGCCCCGGUUAGCGACUUCACUGAAGCCAGCCCCAUGCCAGCUGAAGGAUUUGUUGAUGUCACUUUUGUGGAUGACUGCCCCACCUCCUGGCUGGCUGCUUUCCAGGACUCCUGUAGCUGGAUGCAGCGGCAUUACGAUAAGCCGCACCUGUUACCCACAGGCACAUGCCUUCAGUCCUGGAUUCAACACAUUUGCCUUGAUGAUCACUGGAAGGGGAAGGUCCGAAAAACUGGACGGCUUGCCCUGCAUUACAACACAGCCCAAGCGGAGCAUGCCAUUUGGCAGCACAACUUUGAGGACCGGUGGAAAUGUGAUCUCUGCGACAAGAUCUUUGCCAGUACCCGGGCCCUGGCCAUGCAUGCCAACAGAGAUCAUGGAUAUCGCAAAAAGGUUCGGUACUUUGCAAUAGGAGCCACAUGCCAUGUCUGCAAUACGUUGUUCCACACACGUAGUAGACUUGCAGUCCACUUGGAACACAACACCAAAUGCUAUGAUGUGAUCCUGGCCUGUUGGCCACCCAUGCCUGAAUUAGACGUCACCCAACUCGAUCAGGAAGACAAGCUAGUCGAGGCGGCCCUCCGAAAACAGGGAUGGUGGGCAACCAAAGCUUUUUUGCCGGCCGUCAAAACCUGUGGUCCAUCGCUCCCACCAGCAGGCGAUCCUGCCAGCGCACGAAUGUUCCAAAACAUGCUAGCCCGACGGCCCACCGAUGCCGCAGCUUACCAACAGUUGCAAGGGCGCCGUAUCUCUGCUGCACCGGCCAAUGCCCCCGGCCUGUGGUGGCAAAACUCUGACCUCCCGGCAUUUGUGAUGCAUUCCCCCCAGGGGAUUGAUACCGGAGGAGGUGCCUUCAUGAUGGGAGGCUUAGCCAGAGAAGCAGCACGGUUGCACAUCCGGGCACUCGUUGUGGUACAUUUCUCUUCAGGUUUCCGGCGUGAACGUGACAUCCAUCAAAUUGUCGAACAGCACAACCUGGAACAGGCCACUCAGCUCUUUGUGCCGUCAGUAGAUCUAUGCAUGCAACGGCAGCAUGCAGACCUUGCCACGCACAAGGCGCUCCAGUGGUGGAAGCAGCGUGCCAAAUCAGGGCAGCUAGUCUCCAUUGGGGGCGGCCCACCUUGCGAGACGUAUACUGCCGCAAGGCAAAAUGACGGUCUCGGCCCGAGACCUGUUCGUUCGGCAGCACAUCCCCAGGGCCUACCAGGGCUCACGUGGAAAGAAUGGAAACAGAUCCACAUAGGGGACCGCCUCUUACGCUUCAUCCUCGAGAUGCUCCUCCUGAUGUCCAUCAUGGGCUACAGUGGCUUUAUCGAACAUCCUCAGUUUCCUACGUGGGAAACCAACCGCAGCCUAACCAGUAUUUGGUGUCUGAAGGCGAUCCGGUUGAUGAAAAGGCUCAUGUGUGUCAGCCUGGUUUCAUUCGAUCAGUGCGUCUGUGGCGCGGCAGGGCGCAAACCGACCACGCUCCUGCUUGUGCGAUUGCCAGCAGUCAGGCACCGACUGCUUCAGCUCGGCAAUUCUGGUCGUUGUCAUCACCAUGCGGGAGCACACCAAGCACUGAUAGGGAAACAAGAGGACGGCUCUUUCCAGACGGCAAAAGCCAAGAUCUAUCCACCCCUCAUGAACGAGAUCAUCGGAAAGGCCAUGCACGAUUUUGCCCUGGGUAUGAAACACCCAGAUGUAGACAAGGAGCUCCCCAAAGAAUUGGAGGUGUACACAGAGCAGCAGUUCAUGGACCACACAGUCGUCCAACCCGAUUACCACGGGUUCUGAGAACUGAACUGCCAGUUGUACACUGACACUGCCAUGCACGGAGACCGAGUGCCAACACGGCACAGCAGCAGGAAAGGAAAAAAGGGGUGGGUAUACCACCAGCCAGGUGAUAUGUCACUUUGGCUGUUCUGACGAGGUUGACAGGGAUGUUUCGUUGAGAUGGCAUCAAAAUAACCCACAGAAAAACCCGCUGCCAAUUCUUGAUUGUAUU